AUGAAGGCCCUGGAAGAUAAGAGGCAAGAAGAAGACCAAAUGGCACUGAGGGGAAAGGGAACACCAAGCCAAGGAGGUGAAUUCCUGAAGACGCCCUCACAGCCAACCUUGGAAGAUGAUAUGGGGAGAACUCCACGGCAGGAGGAAACCCCCGCAAAGGAGUGGAAGACUCCGAAGACCCCGGUUGAGACACCCCGGCAAGCAGAACCCCCGACAAGCUCCACAAGAGAAAGGGAAGAGAGAGGAGGAAGAACGGCAUCGGCAGCCCAGACCCCCUUUCACAGACCCUCAGGAGCACCUGAGACCAGCCCCCAAUGGCCUGGGGGACCCAAGACCAGCCCGACCACGCUCCGACCAGCCAACCAGCCAGAACCCCAACCGCUGUUCGACGAUGAGCAGUUGAGGAGAUAUGAAGAGUUGCGGAGACAGGCACCGAUGCUGAACCCGCCCCAAGUCCAACAGAGGACACUUGAGGAGAUGCGACCUGAAACUCUGAGAGAGGAGGAGUUGAAAAGGUUGAGAAAAAGAGAAGAAGAAUUGGAGAUGGAGAGGACCAUGCUCCUGAGAGAAAGAGAAGAGUUGCAGAGACUGCUGCAACAGAAAGAAAGAGAAAAGAGCCGAGAGAGGCAUGAGGAGGAGUUGCAGAGACUGCUGCAGCACAAACAAAGAGACGAGAGCCGAGAGAGGCAUGAGGAGGAGUUGCAGAGACUGCUGCAACACAAAGGAAGAGAUGAAAGCCGAGAGAGGCAUGAUGAGAGGCGCCAGAACGCCAUAGAAGAUGAAGAUGUCCAGUAUAGGACCCCUGAAGAAGAAAGCCAGACAGCCAAGAAGCUGUUUCAAGACGAGCUUGAGGAGGCUGACAGACCCCCAAAGCCCGAGGCUGAAAGACCCCCAACGGCCAGAGAGGCCACAAGACCCCUGAAGACAGAAGCUGCAGGUUCCUCAAGGCAAGAGGAGACCCCAGGAACGUUGCAGCUGAUGGCAAUGAUGAUGCAUACAAUGACAGAAAUGCAGAAGAAGAUGCUCUCCAAGGAUGGAGGAAAAGAAGGAGAGGGGGGAGAAGCAGAGUACGUCAGAAGCCACCCCGAAGUGCCAAGACUGACGGACUGGAACCCCUCGACAGGUCCGAUAGACCUGAACGAUUGGUUGGCGUUGAUUGAGCCAAUCAUGGCAGACCUCACAGCCACCUCACACGACUGGUGGGACAGGCUGCUGAAAGAAGCAAGACAGUGGUACCAAGACCACAUGGCUCUGAGUCCAAUGGACAGGCUGACACACGAGCCACAGCCUUCCAAAGACUUGGACCAGCCCAAGUGGAUCCGCCUAGAAAGAAGGGCGUCCACACUGCUCAUGAUGAGCAUCCCUGAAGCCCAGAAGGAGGAGCUGGUGUCGACGAAGAGGAUCACAGCUCUGAAGAUCAUCUGCCACCUCUUCACGACCUUUCAGCCUGGAGGAUUGGCUGAGAAGGAGGUCAUCCUCAGGUCGUUGGAGAUGCCACAGGAAGCAGCAACAGUGGCAGAGGCAGUGAGUUCACUGAGGAAGUGGAUGAGAUGGAGGAGACGAGCAAUGGAGCUUCAGGUGAGCGAGCCUGAUCCCUUCCUCUUGCUCAAAGGCUUGGGACGCAUCGUCCGCCGACCUUUGGAAGCCAACAGAGAGCUGAAUUUCAGGAUCAGCUUGGCCAGGUCGAUGCUCCAGGUCGACUCGACCCCCACGAAAGACACAGUGGGAAAGUUCUCGACCCACCUCUUGGCUGAGAUGGAGCAGAUAGCACACCUUGAAGGCAGCAAGAAGAGCACCAGCAAGGACACGCAGAAGCAAGCACAGCCAGAGGUGAAGGUCAGGAAGAUUGAAGAAGAACCCAACAAAGAGGGAAGUCCGGAAAAGAGCGGAAAACUCUGGGAGGGGAAAGACAUGAAGCCGACGGCAAAGGUGGUGAAGAAAGAGGAAGCCACCAAGAAAGAAGAGGUAGCCAAGGAAGGCUCCAAUGAAGGAGACAGCAGUGAAGCCAUGAAGGGACUGCUGGAAGAGGCCAACAAGAUGUUGAAGGCCUUGCAACAAGGAAAGAAUGAAGAAGACGAAGGGAAGGAGGUCAGGCUGCAAAAGUUGCAGAAGCAGCUUGAUGAACUCAAGACCCUGAAGGUCUUCAGGAUCUCUAAGAUCCACACAGAAGAAGGAGACUAUGGUCUUUUAGACUCUGGCGCGACGCACGCCUUGAGAGGAAGACAGCCAGGAGAAUCACUCAAGGACUUGACAGAGGUCCGAGUGACGUUGGCCUGUGGUAGAGACGCCACACUGAAGAUGACAAGAGGAGGAACAAUGAUUGGCCAAGAUGAGGAGACAGAGCCAAUCGUUCCACUUGGAAAGAUGGUCAGCCAGCUCGGCUGUACGGUGGAAUGGGAUGAGGGAGGCCUUGUCGUGGUUCACCCAGAGAGGGGAAGACUGGCCACAACACAAAGAGGAGGAUGCCCUCAUAUCCCAAGACCACUGGCAUUAGACAUCAUCCAGGAGCUUGAGGAGAAGUCUGGAUGGAUGAAGAAGAUGAAGACCAAAGAAGAAGACGAAGAAGAUGUCUUGAAGAAGAUGGUGGCCGUUCAUCCGGUCUUCAGAGACCUGCCAGAGGAGGUAAAGAAGGAACUGGUGGUGACGCCAUCAAAGGAUUUGACAGCCCUUCCAGGGAUGAACCGUAGACAAAGACGGAAGAUCCAAAGGGAAGGAGCCACUCUGCACCUGUUCGCGGGGGAGGACGACGGAUUCAUCCUGAGCCAGGCAGUGAAGAGUGCAGGCGGCGAUGUCCAGACUCUGAUAGAGCUGGAUCAGAAGAGAGGACCUGGGCAUGACCUGAUGAGCUCAGAUCCAUAUGCCACACUGUUGAGGUUGGCAUUUGACAACAGGCCACUUCGAGAGUGGGGUGGUGAAGAAUUUGGCAGGAGAGACCUGCGAAAGGAUGAGAAGACGAAGGUGUGGCAAGACGAUGUCAUGCUCUUCAGGACGCUGCUGUUGUACGUCCUGGCAGUCCACGUCGAGAAGACAAAGGACGAAGAAGAAAAAGAAGAAGGCAUCAAGAGAGACGCCAAGACAGAAGAACAGAAGACAGGAGGAGAGGGAUGGAAGAAGAUCAUCCUGGCUCUCGAGCAGCCGAGUGCUCCAGAGUACCUCCCCAAGACGGUCUCCUUCUGGUGGACGGACCAGUGGAGAAAGAUGAAAGAGAUGUACGAUCUGCAAGAGAUCAAGUUCAACCAGGGAGACUGGAAAGGAGAAGAAGGCGGCAAAGGCUGCAUAAAGCCCACAACGAUCGGCGGGAACGUCGAGAUCAAGGUUCCAGAAGAGAGGAACCCAGAAGCCAAAGGAAGAUCCCAAGACAGGGUCCAAGACUCAAAGAGCCUGAGCCGAUGGGUGCCGGGUUUGAUGAAAGAGCUGGCGAAGGAAGUGGUCAAGAAGUGCCAAGAAAGACCCGUCCAGCUAAGGCCCAUGUCAUGGGAACAACAUGUGAAGCAUGGACACGUCCCGUGUAGAAGAGACUGCAAGAUAUGCCAGCAGUCUGGGGCUAAGUCCGCUCCACACCGGCGCUUGAACGCCAAGAAAGGACAAUUCCCAAGAGCGGGAGUAUUGUCGGUGAACACCACAGGCCCACUAGUGAAGGGUGAGGACCUGAUGGGAAACAAGAUGAGAUUCCUUCUGGUGGGUGCGUACACAUGGCUUGCACCAAAGGAUUCACCUCUAGAAGACAAAAGGAAUGAGAGAGUUCCAGAAGAGGAGGUGGAUGCGAUCGAAGGGCUGAGGAUCGAUGACAGUGAAGGAGAGGCUGAUGAUGAAGCAGAACACACAGAGGAGGAUCCCCAACAAGACCCCCCUGGUAACCCUGAGGAGCCCCAAGGUGGUGAGAGAGCCAUCAACCCCCAGGAGCCACAAGAAGCAGCCAAGGAGGAGGUGGAUCAGCCAGAGGACUUUGAAAUCAAGAUUUUCAGACUGGUGACUCCCUUGCCCUCGAAGGCGGGGGGAGUAGUCCUCCAAGCAGUCAUCGACAUGAUCCUCAAGCUCAGGUGUGGACUGAAGCAGAAAUUUCCACCACUGGGAGCUGAAGUCCUGGUCAAGAAGAGGAGGUGGAAUGCGCAACAGUUCCUGCCAACCAUGGACCGAGUGACAUACAUCGCUCCAUGUUGGGAAGGUCACGGUCACUGGGUGAAGCAAGAAGAUGGGACGACCAUCGUAGCCCGGUUCUGCAUAGCUGAUGUGUGGAACCCCGUGACAGACCACUCGUGGCUGGCAGUCAUGACAGAGAUGCCAGAUCCACUUGAAGAAAGAAGAAGAUUGAGGAGAAAGACGCCACCAGAGUUGGCGAAGAUGGAGGUUCAAGAAGACGAACCAGGGGAAGAGGGGAGAGACCCUGAACCCAGAAGAAGAUCAAGACUUCUGCAGCUGAUCAUGGAGGAGAUGACAGCUCUGAUGGAAGACCCCUCAGAAGAGGCCCUGAAGACGACGAUGCAAUCUGUGGCCAAACUCCGAAUGAUGAUGGAGACGGGCACGAGUGAAGACGUUCUUCAGACGAGGAUCGUGGGCCUGGGGGAGGUGAUGAAAGACCUUGAAGGAUGGAAGAAGCCCAUCGAAGAAGAACUGAAGUCUUUGGUGGAAGACAAGAUGGCCCUUGAAGCCAUUUCCAAGGAGGAGGUGGAGAAGAUGUUCAGGGAGGCACACGCCGAAGGAAGAAAGCUGGAGGUGGUGCCAGGAAAGCUGGUGACGGUGGUGAAGCCCGCACCAGAAGGAGGAAAGAAGAAAGCCAGAAUAGUGGCGUGUGGAAACUUCACGGCGAAAGAUGCCCAGGACGAACUGUACGCGUCCACUGGUGAUGCAGUGACUUUGAGGAUCAUGAUGAAGUUAGCAUCAGAAAACCAGUGGGACGGAGUCACGUUGGACAUCCGUACAGCGUUCCUCAACACACCAUGGGAAGACAUGGAUGUGUUGGUGAAGCCACCCCACUUGCUGAUCAGGAUGAAGCUGGUCGAAGAAGGCACGCUGUGGCGGCCGACGAAGGCCUUGUAUGGCUUCAGAAAGAGCCCAAGGUUGUGGGGAAACCACAGGGAUUCCACGAUGAGGAAGAUGGAAGUCCCACAUGAAGGGAAGCGACACAGAUUGACACAGCUGGUGUCGGAACCCAACCUCUGGAGGAUAGAUGAGGUGAAAGAUGAGGAUGAAGAAGAGGAGAAGCCGAAAGGGCCUCCAAAAGCCCUGAUGAUGGUCUACGUGGACGACUUGUUCGCCACAGGUCCAACACAGCUACUGAAGGCGCUGACUGAGACCAUCAAGAAGGAAUGGAACACCUCAACUCCAGAGUGGAUCAACGAAGAUCCCACAAGAUUCCUCGGCAUGGGAAUCUCCAAGACCAAAGGAGAGGAUGGUCUUGAAGUCUGGGCAGCAUCCCAGCAGGACUAUGUCAAGGAGUUGCUGAGGAGGAACGUGGGGGAGGAUGAGAAGAAAUGGCCCAAGAGAAAGGUGCCAAUCUCCAAGGAUCCACCGGCUGAACACCAAGAAGAGCCAAAGGUGGAAGGAGUCAGGAAGGCCCAGAAGAUAGUGGGCGAAGCACUCUGGUUAGUCACGAGGACCAGACCAGACAUGAUGUAUGCCUUGGCGAAGAUGGCCAGCCAAGUGCUGCAUCAACCCCAGUGGGUCGCAGAGAGCGCAUCCCAACUGUGGGGAUACAUGGCUGCCACGAUCCAUGAAGGGAUCACGUUUGAGAAAGGUCCAUCAUGGGAAGGAUGGGAAGAGCAGUCAGGGCUUGCUGUUUAUGCUGACGCAAGCUUCGCACCCUCAGGUGAAGAAAGUCACGGUUCAGCGAUUGUGACUCUGAGGGGAGCCCCGCUGCUAUGGAAGAGCUCAAGGCAGUCGACGGUCAGCCUUAGCACAGCGGAGGCAGAGCUGAACGAGCUCAUAGAAGGACUGAUGAUGGGGGAAAGUGUUGCAGCGAUUUUGGAGGAGCUGGAACCCCACAUCAUGAAGAUGAUGGCAUCAGACUCGCAGGCAGCGGUGAACAUCUGUCUGGCAGAAGGAGGAAGCUGGAGGACCAGACAUCUGCGCUUGAGAGCAGCGCAUGCCAAACAGAGAUUCACCAAAGGAGACUGGCUGCUGCGACAUUUGCCAGGCGAAGACAUGCUGGCAGACAUUGGGACGAAGAGCCUGACGUCAGCCAGGCUGGAAAAGCUCAAGAAGGGGCUUGGCAUGAAGAAGAUUGGAAAAGAUGAAGAAAAGAAUGAGGAGCCAGAAGAGAAGACGGCACCAGAAGAGGCAGAGAAGAUCAAGAAGAAGGAACAGGGGACCAGAGUCCCAAAAGAAGUAGAGAAGGCACUCCAGUGCGUGGCGUUGAUGAUCGCCAUUCAGGGAGCCAAAGCUCAAGAUGAUGAGGAGACCGAAGAAAGGGCAGAGAUGUUCCACAUUGAGAUAAUUCUGAUGUUUGCUCUUGUGGGAGUGGUCUCAGUGAUCCAGAGGAUCAUCCCUUGUCUGAUGGGCUGGCUUCGGAGAGACCGACAGCCUGAGGAAGAGCCCGCAGAAGAAGAAGGAAGUAGGGUGAGAGGAGCACCCACAAGACGCCAAGAAGAACAGGCGUUGAGGACCCCAGAGAGUAUCAGGAGGAGAAGGAGAGUGGAAGCCAGGGAUGAUGAAGACACAGAGGAGGAGACAGACCCAGGUGUUCCAUUCCCUCACGGAGAUCGUGAUGGGAACCUCUUCCUGAGGAAUCCGCCGGGCCCAAAAGCACCGCCAAGACAGCUGGCACACAUGUAUCCCAUCCCAAAGGGACAGCAGAAAGGCCAGCAAGCAGGCCAAGCAGGCACACAAGUAGGCCAAUUGGGCCUACAAGCAGGCCGACCGAGCCAACAGGCAGGCCAACAGAAAGGCCGCCCACAACAGGCAGCUAGCAGCAGCACAACACCGGUGCACAUGCUUGUGCCACCACCACCACCACAAGAGCCAGGCGCAGAGCCACCACGGCUGGUGGAAGAGUUCUUCCAAGGACUCGUACAAGAAGAACACGAGCACCCAGAUGAUUGGGACCCGGAGACCCAUGGGCAGAUUUACCCAGGGAAAGGAAGUCCACCACAGGCAUACUUCCAAAGGAUGGCCGAGAAGGGUCAAGCCAAAGGGAGUGAAGAAGGAACGCCGGCCAAAGGCGUGAAAGGAGGAAAGAAAGGUGAUGAUGAGAUCGCGGCCAAAGGCGCGAAAGGAGGAAAGAAAGGUGAUGAUGAGAUCGCGGCCAAAGGCGCGAAAGGAGGAAAGAAAGGUGAUGAUGAGAUCGCGGCCAAAGGCGCGAAAGGAGAAGGAAGCCCACAGAAAGGGGCACCCAAGGGCCAAGGAAAGAAAGGCCAGGCAGAAGGUGAAGAAGUCCCAGAGACUGGAGCACAAAAAGGAGGAGGAAAGAUGGCCGAGAACGGCGAAGGAGAUGACGAAGCAGCACCUCCAAGAGUGCCAAGUGACGAACAUGGCGUGGCACUGCCGGUGUACAUCACGCCAUGGGGCACAAGAUUCCAUACAGGGGUCACCUGCCCGACUUUGGCGAACUCUGGAUGGAUGGUGAGGUCGCCGUGGUGCCCUCUGUGCUGUGUCGGCCUCCAGCCGAGCUCCGCUACCAUCCUCUACUCAGAGGGACCGGGGAGAACAGUGCAUAGCCGACGAGAAUGCGCUGGGCCGAUGCAAGGCUACCCCAUGUGCCAACGAUGCGACGGGUACCAGAGGUACUGA